AUCAUGUUUUCUCAUAUGGAUUUUACUGUUUUUUCAGAUCCAGAGGAAACGAUGCACCCAGCAGGCCUUCAUCACGUCAGUCUGUGUGUGUUUUACAUCAGCAGGAGCUUGGCCACGCCUCUACCUUUUUACACUUCUCUGGAGGGAAGUACAGAUGAGGAAGAGCUUGGUUACAUACGUUUCUCUGCGUCCACCACAGUAAUCCCCACGAAGUACCAAACGUCAUCGGCCAACCCAUCACAAGAUGGAGCAGACGUUCAAAAAGAGUUCGUGAACUACCUGGAGGAGAACAUGCUCCUCAUCCUGGUUGCAACCUCUCUCAGCUUUCUCGCCUUUCUCGUGACCUGUGGGGCCCUUUUCAUGAGCCGCAAGCGCAAAGUCAACUCCUACUACCCUUCCUCCUUCCCGUCAAAGAUGUACGUGGACCACCGAGACAAAACUGGUGGCACCAAACCGUUCGACGAAGUGCAAGAAAAAGCUGCUCCUGAACAGGAAUGUGAGCCAGUGGACUCUCACAGGCAGCUCCAGGCUGAAAUCCUGAGAGCUGCCAGUAGCCUGCGCACGCCAAAUAAAAAGGUUCACGCUGCAGAGAAAAGUGAGCCCUGUCAGAAAGCAGAUCACAGUCCUGAGGUCAGCUCGAAAACUGAAGGUAGCAUCCUGGAUCAGCAGCUACCAAGUCUGCCUGAGGAGGAGCAGCAGUGCGAGAUUCCUGACAGCAGAGCAGCAGAAGCAGGAAGCUCUCAACUGGAUCCUCCAGAGCAGCCUUUUAAGGAGAAGGAUUCACAGGAACCUUCAACCGGCAGGAGUCUGAGACCGUCCUCGCUGCACAUUCACAACGACACAGCUACACUUCAGCUCAUCGCCGGAGAGAAAACCGCCUUCUGAAAAUGUCGAACUGCAGGUUUAAUGAAGCAAAUGAAGAAAAAGCUCAAACCAGAGGUGGUUUGAGCCAAUGCAGAAGUGGUUGGAAUAAAUUCAAAAAAUAUUAUACAUGUACCAUAG